AUGGUAAAGGCAAGGAAAUACGUUGUGAAAAAAUAUUUCAAGGGACUUCCCAAGCGGGAUGACUUUGAAAUUGUUGAAUACGAGUUGCCGCCGCUUAAAGACGGUCAGUUCAUAAUGAAAGCUGAGUGGAUCAGCGUAGACCCUUAUUUAAGAGCCUACAACCCUCUUAACGCUAUCCCGUAUGAUCAAUUCAGUUUCCAAAUAGGUAACGUUACAGAAUCGAAACACGCCGAUUUUCCCGUCGGAUGUAAAGUCGUGAGUCAUAUGGGCUGGUGCGAUUACUGUUUGAUCGACGAGAAAAUUCUAAAGGACGAAUCCAAUAAAGUCUACAAAUUACCAGACGUAGGGCUGCCUACUGAACUUGGCGUGGGUGCAUUGGGCAUGCAUGGUAUUACCGCAUACUUUGGAUUCUUAGAAAUUUGCAAACCAAAAUCUGGUGAGACGGUUGUAGUAACAGGAGCCGCCGGUGCUGUAGGAUCUAUAGUCGGCCAAAUCGCAAAGAUUAAAGGAUGUAGAGUCAUUGGAUUCGUCGGCUCUGAUGAAAAAGUAGAAUGGCUCGAGAAAGAACUGGGCUUCGACAAAGCGAUAAACUAUAAAUCAAAAGAUCUAAGUAAAGCUUUGAAAGAAGUUGCUCCUAAUGGUGUAGACUGUCUAUUCGAAAACGUAGGAGGGGAACUUAGCGCUACUAUAAUGAGCCAAAUGAAUAGGCGAGGUAGAGUUGCUCUCUGUGGUUGCAUAAGCGUUUACAAUCACGAUGCAAGCGAAAGGCCAAAAACAACAUCUGUACUCCCCUAUAUUGUCGCGAGAGAAUUGAAAGUUGAAGGAUUUCAUGUUCGUAAUUGGUAUAGCCCAGUAAAUAGGUGGCCGGAGGCGAUUACUGCUCUUGUGGGGUGGAUUAAGACCGGUAAGAUACAAGCUAAAAGCCAUGUCACUGAAGGUUUUGAUAAAUUAUUUGAUGCGCUCAUUGGUUUGCUAAAUGGCGAAAACUUUGGAAAAGCCGUUGUUAAAGUAUAA